ACUACAUUUCGCACCUUUUGUGAUAACUUCGAUGGGCUCUGCUUCAAAAACGGACCUGGAACAUGGUCGCCUACAUAGUUCGGCAUAAGUCGCACUCCCUCAAUUCCGACAAAUCCUGCGCAAAGCCACCCCUGUCCUUAGCAUAACCGGACUCCUUCCUGUUCCUGACACAACGGCCGCGAAUGCAGAUGCAGUCGGCACUCCAACGCAGUCCACCCCCAGAUCUCACCCAGCCGCACUCCACGCUAGCCGAGCUGCCGGAGCGGGACCUCCUUUGUGAAUUUGGGGAACAGGGGUCCUGUCAUGUACACUAUCUGCCCGCAGCCAAGAAAGAAGAAAAGUCCGGGGGAGGUAAGGUUGCUCCGACAUGCUUGUCUGCCCGACUUUGGUGUUCCAGGUUCCCCAACUUCACUUUCUAUCCUCGGCAUAGCGCCUGUCCGCGGUCCUUUUCCAUCAGGCUUUUCAAGGCUUUCCAACGGCCCCAAGCCCUUCCCCCAGACGCCACAGACUGCCCCAAGAUCGAGACGGCCCGAUUUCGAAGGACCUCCUCGGCGGCGGCAGACCAUCAUUUGUCACUGUUUUGUCGGCCGGACGAGCUGACGUAUGAUGGAGACGCGCAUCAUUGGGCGUGGGUAGCAGUGAUGGCGGAGAGGAAGAGAGACUCGUCCCAUUUACAGUGAGAGGGUGAUGUGCCCGUGGUUCGUUUUCAUGGCUGGCAAGAGUUGCAAGAUCAGUAUACUCUCCGCCAAGCUUAGAACAAGGAAUAGAGAGAUGCUAGAACGAGUAUUCUCCGACGUGAGCCUCCGACUAAAAGAUCGAUAUUCGUAACGAUGGAGUGAGUGCCUAGCGGGCCGUGAUAUACACCAUGUUUCUCCCAGUUCCAGACCCUAGGUAUGACAAAGAUGGCUUCACAAAGUACAAAGAGCAUCACAUUGCCAUGUGUGCAGAUGUCAAAAGGGAAGGGCGGAAAAGUCACGAGGUUUCAUAGGUAGUGUUCCCAUGACACUCAGAGGUGUAGUGGAUAGUUCCCCGCAUUAUGGGGGGU